UCUGGAUAUCUGGAUUCAAGCUAAGCUACAUGCAGUCCUAGCUAAGCUAGCUUUCAAUUCCAUCCAAUAUAAUAUAAUGGAAGAUGCUAUUGAACUGAUUUUCGUUCCAGCCCCUUCAGUGAGUCACCUUGUUCCUGCAGUGCAAACCGCGAAGCUCCUCCUGCAAAGACGACCUCAGCUCUCCAUCACUUUCUUGGUCAUGAAAAUGGUUUUCGCUCCCGAAUCUAAGGUUAAUUCUUUAAUCGAUUCUUUGAUUGCCGAUGCCGGCGCCGCUGAUGACAAGAGAUUGAAGUUCAAACUAGUGCUUGAGGACCUGGAUCUGGAUCAUGCUGCUGCGUUGAAGGACUUGGAUUCCAUCAACAACUACAUGAAUUCCGGGCUCCUGAGUGAAGCCAGAGACUACUGCGUUAAUGAAUUAAUAACCCAGAAGUCGAGGCCGCGCCUAGCGGGAUUUGUUAUCGACAUUUUCUAUACCCGCGUGAUGGAUUUGGCUGACGAGUUUGGGGUCCCCACCUACGUGUUCUACGUUGUGGGUGCUGCGAUGCUCGGCCUUGCCUUCCAUUUCCAGAGCCUCAAAGACCAACAUCAUGGUACCCUCGAGGAGUUUAUUAAGGAGGAUUAUGUCAAUAUCCCUACAUAUUUAAACCCCUUUCCGGUCAAAUUACUGCCCUCCUUUGUGUUGAACACAACCGACGGAGUCUUGGAUUGGGCCAGACAGUUUCGACGGGCCAAAGGCAUCAUUCCCAACACCUUCUUCGACCUAGAGCCGUAUGCCUUUCAAUUUCUCUCUAAAGACAAGACUAUCCCACCCAUAUACCCUCUCGGACCCGUAUUAAACCUAAACACUCCUCAAGAAUCCCACAACCAAAUCUUCAAAUGGUUGGAUGACCAACCAGCUUCAUCAGUUGUAUUCCUUUGCUUCGGAAGCGGCUGUGCUUUUCCCGAGCCUCAAGUGAAGGAGAUAGCCUACGCACUUGAACGUAGCGGCCAAAGGUUCUUAUGGGCCUUGAGGAAGCUACCCUCUCCAGGUAGUGGUUCACUAGCCGUCACUGAGUAUACCAAUCUGGAAGAGGUCCUGCCCGAAGGAUUCUUAGAAAGAACUAAAAGCAUCGGAAAAGUUUUAGGAUGGGCACCACAAAGUGCAAUUCUGGCUCACCCUUCUGUCGGGGGUUUCGUGUCUCAUUGCGGAUGGAAUUCAGUUCUGGAAAGUAGUUGGUUUGGAGUUCCAAUGGCAACUUGGCCAAUGAUCGCAGAGCAACAAGCAAAUGCUUUCCAAGUGGUGAGAGAGAUAGGAAUGGGUGUGGAAAUUAAGAUAGAUUACAGAACAGGUUUCAGAGAUCCGAAGAAUAAUAAUCCAAUAGUUCCUAAAAUUGUGAGUGCAAAGGAGAUAGAAAUUGGAAUCACAAAUCUUAUGGACCACUCUACUUCCAAAUCUAUAAGGAUGAAGGCUAAGGAAGUUAAAGAAAAGAGCAGGAAGGCACUAGAGGAGGGCGGCUCAUGCUUUAAUGUUGUUGAAAGUUUUUUUGAAAAUGUCAUGAAAAAUCUCAAUUAAGUGAUAACUAGCUCCAAGAAUGAUAUUAAAUAAUGGUGUCGUAAUAAUAAAAUAUUAGAGCUAGUGGCGACACAUAAUAAAUGGAUCGGAUCGGAUCCAUAUAUGCAUGUUUUAUAAUUUAUUAUCAUUAGCCUUUUAUGUAUGAAUUGAAAGUUUCAAUCUUACUUGCAUGCAUGCUUCUAAUAAUAACGGUUGAAUUUGAAUCA